CUUUCAUCAAAUCCAACCGAUUUAUCCACUCCUAAUAAAUAUGAUGGCCGGGGACAAACAUCCACAUUUCACUUAAUUAGCAUGGAGAAGAAAGCAAGAUUGAGUUCAGCCUUCUUCUUCUUGUUCUUAUGUCUUUUGACUCUUUUUCCAGGUCGGAGAAUCAAUCACUGAACAUUACUUCUUCCAUUCCUCCCUCUAUUUCACUCUGUAAUAUAGCUAAUCGCUUCUCUACCCCCACCACUACUGAUAAUAUAUAACCGCAGAAGUGUACAAUGGCGAGAGGAUUGAGGUAUCAUCAUCCCCUACAAAGCUGUUCAUUUUCGGAGACUCCUAUGCCGAUGCUGGCAACAGCCCAGAUACCGACGACUGUUGGAAGAAACCGUACGACACCACUUUUCCGGGCAGACCUGCCGGCAGAUUCUCCAACGGCCGGGUUCUUACUGAUUUCAUAGGUGCAGUCUUCUUUACUUCCCAGGGCCGGUCCUAGGGGGAGGGCAGCAGAGGCGACUGCUCUAGGCCCGAAACAAAGUAAAAAGAAAAUUAGGCUCAAAUUUUGUUCUUUAUAUGAAAUGAGUAAGCUUCUUUUUUUAUUUAUAAUUUCAAUUAAUUAAUUAGGCUUGAUGUGUAAUUUUUGUUGAUAAUUUGAUAAUUUUAAAACAUAAGUAAAAAGUCUUGAAUGGAGCUGGACAAGUUUUAAAAAAUAAUGUAAAUUUAGUUUUGAUUUUUAAAUAGAGUUGGUUAUCAGUCAACACAUUUGUUGUUGAAUCACUAAAAACACGUCUUUUCACAUCUUUUUAGCCUUUAAGACUUUUUAUUUUUUUUAUUACAAUAUUACCAAAUUAUAUUAUUGUCUUUGGACUGCGAGUGCCUUCCAAUUCUCAAACAUCAUCCCAACAAUCUAUUAUGCCUAAAAAAACUUAAUGAAUUAGCAAUUUUAAACAUUGCACAUGUGAUCUUGGAAAAUAUUGAUUACAAAGCAAUUAUUGAUGAUUUUACUACACAAUAUUUUUUUGUGAUAGUUGUGUCCAAAUAUGUAUUUCAAAUAAUAUGAAGGUGAAUUUCAUCUUUAUUUUAUAAUCUUUAUUUGAUAGUUGUCGGGAAAAAUCCUGAAAUAGGAGUAACUUUUUUUUUUUGAGAAUAUAUUCCAGAAAAGGACGGUCAUGUGUUUAUUAUCUAAAUAGGAGUCUUACUGUGAUGUUUGGAAAAUACUACCAUGUGUAAUGAUACUGUCAAAUUAUGACAGUAAUUACUUCUAUUUAGGUAAUAAAAAUAUGAUGAUCUUAAUUUGGAAUAUACACACGUUUUUAGUCCUAUUUAGAGUAAUUGCUCAUAGUUUUAUUAUACUCCAUAAUUUUUACUUUAAAUAAGUAUAAUUUCUUGUUUGUCUUAGAAGUAAGGCCAAAAUAGUAUAUCGUCCAUAGGCCUAAAACUUGACAGGACCGGCCCUGUUACUUCCCCUCACCAUCUGCCCAUUCAUCGUCCUUACUCCUUACCUCAACUUAUUUAUUUAUUGCCCCUAUAUGUUUUACUUCAUCCAUUGAUGGUCUGAACUAGUAAUUAAUCUUGUACAGGUGGGUCUUAAUUUUGAAAUUGUUCUCUACCAAAUAUUUCCUCCGUUCUUUUUUAAUUGCACCCGUCUAUUUUUCAUGUUUCGCAAUGCACAAGUUCAGUCGUUAAUAUCUGACAUUUUCUUAUUAGUAAAAAGUUAAAAAAAUCAGAUUUUGAAAAUUUAAAAUGAGAAAAAUUUAACAAUAUUUUUGUAAAAUUAAAUUUAUAAUACAUUAAUAAAAAAAAUAUAGUCAAACUAAAAUAUUUAAAUAGUACAAAAAAGAAUAUUGCAAUUAAAAGAGAAUAGAAGUAAUAUUAGGUACCUAGUACUACCUAAGUACGUACCUCGGAGAUUAUUUAAAGAUAAUGGAGUAUGAUAUACGGAUUAUUUGAAAAAUCUAUUCAAACUGAUCUAAGUACGUAGUACGAGUAAUUCUUUAGAUCACAUUUAGACAACCCACUUUAUGUCAUGUCACAUACUACGUAUAGAUGUUCAUAUCAAAUCUAAAUAGGAGAAAUUCACAUCUAUAAUGUAUAAUCGAACAUUUUAUAAAAAUAAAUCAUAUGACAAAGUUGGCAACAAUAUAAUAAUCUUAAAUAGGUAACUGUUUCACAAAAAUAAAUCGCAAGUUAACGGUGUCAACUUUUUCGUUUAAUUUUUUGGCAAAUCAAAAUUGAUGACCUUAAUAAUAUCCACUUUUACGUAUUUUACAAAAAUAAUUCCUAAUAGAAAAGUUUACAAUAAUGAUCUCGACUACUACAUUGUUUCAUAGAAAUACUCUGGGAGCUAACAGUAUUAACUUUUGAGUUAAUUUUUUAAAAUUUUAAAUAUAAUGAAGAAAAUAUAUAAUCCGUAUAAGCAUUAACAUUUUUUCAGUUUAAUCUUAUUUCUACUAUAAAUUUUAUUUAAUAUUCAAUAUUUUUCAUAACUUUAAUUGAAAUUAAAAUUAAAUAGAGAUAUCUACGUAGAAAUAUUUCUUACAAAUUUUAUAGAAUUUUAAAGUAGAAAUAUUUCUAUUAAUGUUAAUGAAAAAAAUUGAAUAUUAAAUUAAAUUUAUAGUGCAAAUAAUAUUAAACUCAAAUAAAAUAUUUUUAAUGCUUAUAUAUAUUUCUGCUUCAUAUUUACAACUUAAAAAAAUAUUAACUCAAAAGUUAACAAUGUUAGUUCCCGAUUUAUUUUUGUGAAACAGUUAAAUAGUUGAGAUUAUCAUUGUAAACUUUUCUAGCAGGGAAUACUUUUGUAAAACACGUAAAUGUAGAGAUUAUUGGUAUCAAUUUCGUCAAAAAACUAAACGGAAAAGUUGACACCAUUAACUCCCGAUUUAAUAGUAGAGAUUAUUAAUGUCAAUUUUGCCAUCAAAAUAAGACAAAAGCUACAAAUAUACUCUUGUAGUAUAGGAGUGAGAACAAAUAUAUUUCUUUUCUAGUUUUUGGAACAAAUAUACCGGUGAAGUGUAUGUAGAAGUGCAUAUAUACGCCUCAACUUUUAAAAGGUGUAAAGAUACUCUUCAAGUUCCUGUAAAAGAGAAAAUUUACGCUUAUUGACUUUAAAUAGAUAAAAUAAAUUUCAAAAAACAUCAAAAGUUAAUUAUAAAGAUGAUAUUGAAAAAAAAUCUACUUAUGUCCAAUUCUCCCCUUUAUUACUUUUAAAUCAAAAUUUUAUAUUGUUAGUAUAAAAUAUAAUUUAAAAAACUUUACUAUAUAACUAUAUAUUAAAGAUUCUUUCGGAAAAGUGUUAGCAUAUGUGUUGCAAUGUAAACAAUCAUUCAAUUUUCGUAUUCUUUGCACUAUAAAAUUACAAUUUUGUGUGAUGAUAAAUAGUACAAGAUUACAAAAUAGUUUAUUUAGUUUUAUUUAGGUUAAACAAAAUCAAAUAAUAGUAUUUCAAAAAAGGAACAAUGUGUUCAAAAUUUCACUUGACUAAAUGAAUAUUUACGCAUUUGAAGUACUUCAUUUACGAUUGGAAAAAAAUAAUUUUGUAAUUUAAAAUUAAAGAGUUACUAUUUUAUCAUAAAAACAAAUCUUUAUUAUUUUAACUCUUUAAUUUUUUUUAAAUUCGAAUAUAUAAUUUAUUUUUGGUGUUUUUCAAAAUUUAUUUUAUUUACUUGAGUCAAUAAAAGUAAAUUUGCUCUUUUAGAAGAACAUGAGAGUUACUUUUGCACAUUUUCAAAGUUCAAAGGUAUAUAUGUAUUUCCAAAUAAACUUCAGAGGUAUAUUUGUCCCAGAAAAUAGAACAGUGAUACGAAGUAUAUAUUUUCUCACACCCAUAAUACAGGGGUAUAUUUGUACCUUUCCUCGACACAUAAAUGAUUAUAUCAAAUCUAAAUAAAGUACUCCCUCCAUCUAGACUUCCGCAGUUUUCAGUUAAACCGAAAUUGAAACUCGAAUCGCCAAUUUUUUUAACCAGAACCAAAACCAUAACCGGUACCGCAUAGUACUUCCGAUUUGAAAUCAAAGGUGUACAAGUCCGAUUCGAUUUCCCUAGUUCAGAACCAACAUUCGAUUCCAGUUUGGAACCAGACAAUUGUGGUUCAGAACCUCUUUUUUAAUUAAUUAUUUAAUUAGAAUAUCAUCAGUAAGCCCAGGUAUCUUGAAUGUCUGGCACAUCCCCAGGAAACGGGUAAUAUGCGCCACUGGAUCUUUAGUAGGGCCUCCUCCAAAAUGAUUAUUGGAUACCAUGCUUAUCACCGCCGGCUUGAUCUCGUAACGGUUGGCAGUAAUUCCCGGCACUUGAAUGCUAUCGUACUCUGAAACGUUUGGUGUAAGGAACUCUGCAAUGGUUUGACGCUGAUAGAGUGGAUUGUUGUGCGGUAUAUAUGGAUUGGGUGGAGGCUCCUGAUGUCUAGGUUGAGGGGCUGGUUGUGGCUGAGUAGGUGGGACUUGGGUUUGGUUUUGAAAUUGAUUGGGGUAUGGAUUUUGGUACUCGGUCUGAUUCUCGAAUGUAGGUUGAUUGAUUGGAGGUGGGUUCUGUCUCGGUUGGAAAACGGGAAUACUCUGCCCUGCUCCUUGCAUCCCAUAAACUUGAUUUUGAAAAUUGGUUUCAGGAGUAGUAGGGGUAUUUUGAAAGAGAUGAAAUAAUGGAGGGAGAUUAAAUUGUGGUGAAGGCUGAUUUUGGGAAAAAAUCGGAGUGCGGUAAUUUUGAAAACCUAGAGGGUUUCUAGGUGAAAUUGAUGGUGAAGAUUGGGGUGACGUGUUCACAUAGAAAUCUUGCUGAGAUGUGGGGUUAGGGUUACCCGAUAUCCUUGCGGUUCCAGAUGAAGACUGGUGGUCCAUGUUAUUCUUUUCCUUUUGAGCCUUGCGGUUUUGUCUGGCGAGCUUUUCAAUCUCAAGGUUAAGAGGGAUUACCGGUUGAUGGAUAGUCUACCCGGGGGGUAUAUAUCCGAGGGGUUAUUGCUGAGAAUAACUUAGAGAGAAGUCAGAGCACAAGUAAGUAAGAGAGAGAGUGUAUUCAGUCUGAAUGUCGUGGUUACAAAUGGGGAAAUUGGGUGCUAUUUAUAGUAGCAAUAAAUGCCGGACAGGGAACCGUGUCAAGCGCCUAUUGGCCGAGAGGUCACCUCAACUGGUUGGCGUUGGCAGCCGCAUGUGGCCGCAUUUAAUGCGGCUGUUGGAUGGGACGUCGGUACAGGGUACGGUGAUCUGUACGCAUGUGAGGCGGAUAUCAUGUCGGGAGGGGUGCCCUCGGCUGCAGAGGACUAGCCGAGGGCCCUUGGUGUCGAGGACCCCUGAGUGCCGAGGGCUCCAGAUGCCGAGGGCUACUGUUUUCUGCCGUUUUUCUCCCAGUUUCUUAGUUUGCUUGGAAAACCCAUUCUGUGAGAGUUUAGAGCCUUCGGCCGGGGGGCCGAAGGCACCCUUGGUGCGCUUUGUGGGCUGCUUGGUACUCUGGGCGCUGUGAUUUGGGCCUUCUGGGCCUGUUGGGCCUUUACAGGAGUAGUAGGAGUCUAUGGGCCGGGGGUUCCCGGGCCAUAUACUCCAUCAGGAGUCCCUCACUCCUUUUGCCGAAAGGUACUUGAGGGAAAAGGAGUAAACUGUGUCUGUCAUUUGAUGUUUCUCCGUUGUAGUUUGGUGAGGAGUUGUUGCUUUUAUGUCCCUGCCGAAGGCACUCCCUCAGUUACCCACAUGUCGGGACUUGAGGGCUUUCUUUGCCGUUUGUUUUGAAUUUUUCACCAAUUUUGUAAUUUAAUGAUUUUCCCGAGGGGGUUCUCCAGUCCCCCACUCCUUGAGGCACUUGUAAAGUGGUGAAAAGGAGUAGAGUAGUUGCGUUGCUGUUGUGGGCCGAAGGCUGACGCUUUUCAUUUCAUUUUGGGGGGGAUGCCUCGUUAAAAACCUCAUUAGGAAAAACCCUGUGGGAAAAAAUCCUAAUGAGGAGAAAAAGAGUGCACCGAAUUCCCCCAACGAUGAAUCGAAAAUGUCAAACCUUGGUCAAAAAUGGAGAAUAACGGUAAUGCCGAAGGCUCUCUUCUGAGGGCUCAUGUGUUGAUUAGCCGAAGGCUUGCUGUUGAUGUCCUGGGGGUGCCGAAGGGAAGCCCCUCAAUCUGGGGAUCGAGGGCAUGAUGGAUGUGGGUAGCAGUGGAGUUGUUACCGGGGGGUCCACUGUUUGUUGAUUAGUUGGUGAUGACGAUACCCGAGGGCACCCAUUACCUGUGUGCUGUAGACUAUCCGUCAAUGAGGUAUACUCCCCAGGGGCUAACCGGCCCUUACAGUGCUGAGGGGGAAUCCCCGAGGGGUGGCCUGAUGUGAAGCCUUGGGCUUCUAAAGGAGUGAUCCCGAGGGCGAUUGUUAUGUACCGUACGGGGCAUAAACCGGGGGUGUCUCUGGGUAAGUGUACCCGGAGGCUCUCCUUGGUGAAGUGGAGUGAAGUAGUAAACUCGGGGGCUUCCAGAAUAUAGCCGUUGGAAAUAUAGCCGUUGGAAUACGUAGCGUCAGAUUUAUAGUCGUUGGGGGGGUACACGUGGAGUGUAGCCGUUGGCUGCUCGUGGGCGGGCGUCACCGGUUGGGUGAAAUGACGGUGCGUAAUGAUGGUUUUGGCUGCUGGGAGCCCGGAUCUCGGCCCAAGCCCGGAUCUGGGAGCCUAUAAAUACCCCAAGCCAAUGCCAUUCCUUCUUUACGCAUCCAACAUCCUUAGCGAAGCUCUGCCAAAAAUUCUAGAGAGAGAAACUCAAGCCUUCGGUCAAAACUCAGCUUUCAAGGUCAGUGUCCUGCUUUCCUCUCAAAACUUUUAGUAAGUUCCGCCCUCUGGCCUUAGAUUAGGGUUAGAGUCCCGUAGAAAGCCUUCGAAAUCUUAGGCACAUUUCGUGAUAAAAAAUGUCGUCCGAGAGCGAUUCCCAGGACAUCUCGAGGGCGCCCUCGAUGGAGGAUGAAGUUCUUUCGGAUAUGGAGUCCUCAAACGAACAGUCCUCGGCCCAGGAGGACGUUGUGAUGGCAGUAGAGGUGCAAAAGGAGCUGCUGGCUGAAGUUGAAGCCGAGGGCUUCGAGCAGGAGGUUGAAGACGAAGAGCUGGCCCUCGCCAUGCAAGUUGCAGAGGAGGAGGAAGAAAAGGAGAGGGCGAAGGUCACUGUGGCCGUCCUUCCCCCUCGGGGUGCUGGUGAGGCCAGUACCUCUCAGCCGCUGAACGUUGUUCCCCUCCGGGUGGCCCCCGGGAAGAAGAAGGCCAAGGCAGCUGCCCCCAAGAAGAAGAUUGUUGCUGUUGAUCAGGGGAAACCCGUAGAUAUGCCGCAGGGGUAUUCCUGGCUCAAUACUGCUGCCUUGGAGAUAAAGUCGAAGGCGGACAGGGCGGACCUCUACGUCACGCAGCUACACGUAGGGCCCUCGGCUGUGGUGGUCGAGCCGGGAGUUGACGACGUGCUAUCCCGGGCGCCCGAGGGGUGUAUUGCAGUACACGUACUGUCGGUCUCCAUGGGCCUUCGGUUCCCUCUGCACCCCUUCCUCCGGGAGUACCUGAGGUUUGUUGGCUUGGUACCCUGCCAGCUGACACCUAAUAGCCACUCCUACAUGGCGGGUUUUUUGAACCUCUGUAGGGACCGAGAGGUGACCCCCAGCCUGGACUUGUUCUUCCAGAGCUUCAACCUCUAUCGAGGGGGUCACGCGAAUGCCGAGGGCUUCGCCAACCUGCAGCAGGUAGCCAAGUGGAAGCUUUUUACGGAGGCGCCUUCGUCCAAUAAGGGCUGGAAGGAGCGCUGGUGCUAUGUCAGAGUUGCUGAGAACCCAUUUCCGGCGGAACUUCGGGAUCGCUUCCGUCGGCAUCCGAAGGUUGGAAGCGCCGCUCUCGAGAAAGAUGGCCUGGUGAUAGCCAAAAUCCUGGAGGGUCGCACGAAGCAGGUCUCUAUCAAAGACUACACUGCCGAUAAGGGACUCUACGCCCUCGGCUUUCGGAGAUACCGCUUCAUUGGGGAAGCGGACGAGAAGUAUCCCAUUUUUGCUGAGGCCUUCGGGGGAGCAGGAGGUAGUCUACGAGGGCCCUUGGUUUUCAUAUGUUAGCACAUAGUUUAUCUGUUCGUUUUUUUAUUCCUUGUGCCUUCGGUUAGUAACCCCUCGAUUUUAACCCCAUACUAUUUUUGCAGGUAUCCCAGUGAAAAUGAUGAACGUCAAAGGCCUUGCGGACCUGAAGAAGAAAAAACCUUCCAAGGGCCCGAGGGGGACGGACGCUGGUGUCCCGAAACCCGCCGGUGACUUUUUCAAGAAGCCGGAGGGGCCAUCGGCGGGCCCAAGUGCUGACGCGACUGCCAUCGCCAAAAGGAAGGGCACGGGCAGAGAUCCCGAGGGCAAAAAGCCCAAGACCGGGGAUGUCGGGAAGAAAGUCCCCCCGGUGAUCAUUGUUGAUGAAUGCCCCGCCUCCGGGGCGCAUGAGGAGAUGCCGGUGGCGAAAGUGCCGUCGGGUGUUCAGGGGCCAUCUUCCGAGGUCCUCAUGGUUUCCCUCCCGGCUGGUACGGCCGUGAUGAACGGCACGGCUGACCCGAGGGCGCUUCUGAGAGGCAUAACCCUCGAGAUUGACAGAGUAGCCCUCGGGGCUGAUGAAGAUGAAGCCCUCGAGGACAGGAUCCUCCGGUCUUCCCUCACGACCUGCAUUGCCCUCGGGGAGCAGGCCCGGCGGCUAGAGGAGUGGCGCCUUCGCAAGGCUGAGCAGGAUGCUAAGAUGCGGGAGCUCAUCCGCCAGAAUGCUGAUGUUGUCCGGCAGAUGGCUAUGCUGGAGGAGAGCCUUCGGCAGAUGACCCUGCGGGUGGAGGCCGCAGAUCGGGGCAGGGCGGGGGCUGAGAGGUCCGCAGCUGAGGCUUUGGAGAGAGCUGCCAGGGAGGCCGAGACCGCGAAGAUGGAAGCCGUCGAGAGAGCCCGAGGGGACGCAAUCUCGGGGUUCUUGGCAGGGGGGGUGGCGGGCCGAGGAGCACAAGCAAUGGCUGUCCUCGGUCGUCGAGUCCUCAGUUGACGAGUGGUGCGAUGGGCCUGGUGUGGAGUGGGUUUCCCGAAAGGGUAAACAAUACUAUGAUUGGGGCGAGUUUUUCACCCAAGCCCUCAUCUAUCGGAGGAUGGCUCGCCACUUGAAGAUUGAGCCAAAGGACUUCGACCCGGCGGCAUACGGGCUCCCCCCUGCAGCCAGACGUCCGCGUUCCUCUCCCCUCCGAUGUCGAGAGGCCGGACCUAGAGGAUACAGAGCUCAUGAAGGAAGCCGAGGGUGACGAACCUGAGGCCGAUGCAGAGGUUACCUCGAAGCCAUCGGAGGAGGCGGCCCCCGGAAAUGACGCUGUUUAAUUUGUAAUUUAUACUUAGUAAUUUGAACACACUUGUAAUGAUCACAUUCUCAUGUUUUCGGCCCCGGCCAUCUUUGUAACUAUCACAUUUACUCUUUCUUUUUGC